CCCAUGAUGCCGCGGGAAGGCCGACUCCACGUCCCGCGAUGCUCUCGCCGGGCCGUGGCGGAGAUUGAACCGGAAGACGCUUUCUGGGUUUGAGGAGAAGGGUAAACUGGUGUUGCACAUCCAGAAGUGCAGUAUGAAACUGUAUUGCCUUUCGGGGCACCCAACCUUACCAUGCAAUGUGCUCAAAUUCAAAUCAACCACCAUUAUGUUGGACUGCGGACUGGACAUGACUUCCACCCUCAAUUUCCUUCCUUUGCCACUUGUUCAAAGUCCCCGGCUGUCUAAUCUUCCUGGCUGGUCCCUAAAGGAUGGAAAUACUUUCUUGGACAAGGAGCUAAAGGAGUGCUCAGGUCACGUAUUUGUGGAUUCUGUGCCUGAAUUCUGCCUACCAGAGACCGAGCUGAUAGAUCUGUCUACGGUAGAUGUGAUCCUCAUCUCUAACUAUCACUGCAUGAUGGCGCUGCCCUACAUCACCGAGCACACGGGGUUCACGGGCACAGUGUAUGCCACAGAGCCCACCGUUCAGAUCGGCAGGCUUCUCAUGGAAGAGCUGGUGAAUUUCAUUGAACGCGUGCCCAAGGCUCAGUCGGCCUCCUUGUGGAAGAACAAGGACAUUCAGCGGCUGCUGCCUUCUCCUCUCAAGGAUGCAGUGGAAGUGUCAACCUGGAGAAGAUGUUAUACAAUGCAAGAGGUGAACUCUGCCCUUAGUAAAAUCCAGCUGGUGGGAUACUCCCAGAAAAUUGAGCUUUUCGGAGCCGUCCAGGUAACUCCGCUGAGCUCUGGCUACGCCCUUGGGAGCUCCAACUGGAUCAUCCAGUCCCAUUACGAAAAAGUGUCUUACGUCUCUGGAUCCUCCUUGCUUACCACACACCCCCAGCCUAUGGACCAAGCUUCUCUCAAAAACAGCGAUGUUCUCAUUCUGACAGGCCUUACCCAGAUUCCCACUGCAAACCCAGAUGGCAUGGUGGGAGAGUUCUGCAGCAACCUGGCGCUGACCAUCCGUAAUGGCGGGAAUGUGUUGGUGCCCUGCUACCCUUCUGGAGUGAUCUACGACCUCCUGGAAUGUCUGUACCAAUACAUCGACUCGGCCGGCCUCUCCAGCAUCCCCUUCUACUUCAUCUCCCCUGUGGCGAACAGUUCCCUGGAGUUCUCCCAGAUUUUUGCUGAGUGGCUCUGUCACAAUAAACAGACAAAGGUUUAUCUCCCAGAACCACCUUUUCCUCAUGCAGAGCUCAUUCAGACCAACAAGCUGAAGCACUACCCCAGCAUCCACGGCGACUUCAGCAAUGAUUUCAGGCAGCCGUGCGUGGUGUUCACGGGCCACCCUUCCCUCCGGUUUGGGGACGUGGUCCAUUUCAUGGAGCUCUGGGGGAAAUCCAGUCUCAACACAGUCAUAUUCACAGAACCUGACUUCUCCUACCUGGAGGCGCUGGCCCCCUACCAGCCCUUGGCCAUGAAGUGCAUCUACUGCCCCAUCGAUACACGACUCAAUUUCAUCCAGGUGUCGAAGCUGCUUAAAGAAGUGCAGCCCCUGCACGUGGUCUGUCCGGAGCAGUACACGCAGCCACCCCCCGCGCAGUCCCACCGGCUGGACCUGAUGGUCGACUGCCAGCCGCCCGCCAUGGCCUACCGGCGGGCCGAGGUCCUGGCCCUGCCCUUCAAGCGGCGCUAUGAGAAGAUCGAAAUCAUGCCGGAGCUCGCCGAUUCGCUGGUGCCCAUGGAGAUCAAGCCUGGCAUUUCCUUGGCAACCGUCUCGGCUCUGCUGCAUACCAAAGACAACAAGCACGUCCUGCAGCUCCCACCCCGGCCGGCCCAGCCCACAGGUGGUAAGAAGAGAAAGCGGGGUAGCGAUGACAUCCCAGACUGCAAAGUGUUGAAGCCUCUGCUGAGCGGCUCCAUCCCUGUGGGGCAGUUUGUGCAGACCCUGGAGAAGCACGGCUUCAGUGACAUUAAGGUGGAAGACACGGCCAAGGGCCACAUUGUCCUGCUCCAGGAAGCCGAGACACUCAUCCAGAUUGAGGACGACUCGACGCACAUCAUUUGUGACAAUGAUGAGAUGCUCAGGGUACGACUGCGGGACCUUGUCCUCAAAUUCCUGCAGAAAUUCUAAUGGAACCCCUGUACCAUUUCCACUUGCCCGAAGGCCUGCUGCCCUCCCUGCAGCUGCCCAACACACGCCGGCUGAGGAAGGGCAGAGAGGCUGGUGCCCUCUGCAGAGCUCUCUGGCUCAAGGAACAAAGAAGUGGCUCUUGCGGGAUAGUACCCGGAGUUCAAUGGCCAGCAUCUCCUGCUCUGCAUUUCUGGCACUGUUUCCGGCUAGACCUUCUGCUUUAAACUUGAGGCUGUCUCGGUAGCCUGGACGAGCCGAGGGGUGGCAUAGGGGUGACGGCGCAGCUUUCCAAGAGGCUAGUGGUGGAAGGGGAGGUCAAGAGAUGACUUUUUUUUUAUGGUUUCACAGGCCUCAGGGGGGAACUAGCGUUUGAUUUUAUUUAUUUGGACACAGCACUGCACCUAAUAAUAAAAAUGACCCCAGUUAUCUGUAUUAUAUCAUGAGGCCAUUUUGUUAAUAAAACUUAUUUUUUAUAGAA